AUGGGCAAAUGGCAUUAUGGCAUCGUCCUGGAUGCGGGAUCAUCUGGGACUCGAGUGCACGUCUAUCGGUGGUUGGAUCCCGCUGUUGCUCGCAAGCGCGCUAAAAGUGAUGACUUGAAAACAUUACCGGAGCUCAAAACAAAAUCGGAAUGGACGAAAAAGAUACACCCUGGCGUGUCAUCGUUCGCCGACAGCCCCGAGGCAGUAGGCCCCGAUCAUCUUGCGGAACUCCUCGAUCAUGCGCGCAAGAUCGUCCCCGCCGAUCAGAUAAAGGAUACUCCGAUCUUUCUACUAGCCACUGCUGGGAUGCGACUCUUACCCAAUCGUGAUCGCGAGCUUCUUUUACAACAGAUCUGCUCCUACGCCAGCAAGAACUAUGAUUUUCUGCUUCCUGAUUGCGGCGUGCACAUUCAGGUCAUCCCAGGGGUGACGGAGGCCCUCUACGGAUGGAUCGCGACCAAUUAUUUGCUGGGCAGCUUUGAUGAACCGAAAGGACAUGAUCAUGGCAAGGGCCAUCAUACUUAUGGGUUCUUGGACAUGGGUGGUGCAUCCGCGCAGAUUGCCUUUGCGCCGAAUCUAACCGAGACCGAGAAACACGCGAAUGACCUGACUCUACUUCGGCUGCGAAACAUUGACGGUUCCACCCAGGAGCAUCGGGUUUUUGUGACAUCUUGGCUCGAAUUUGGCGUGCACGAAGCACGGAGACGUUAUUUGGAGGCCCUACAAACCGCAGCCGGGACCGCGAAGGAACUUCCCGACCCUUGUCUCCCCAAUGGGCUUCGAACCGCAAUUGAUGGCAAAUUUCUGCGGACCGACGACACUUCGGAGUUAUCUCUGCUGGGAACUGGGCGAUUCGAUGAAUGCUUGCGACAAACAUACCCGCUUUUGGACAAGGAUGCGCCCUGUUCGGAUGAACCUUGCCUUCUUCACGGAGUGCAUGUCCCUGCUAUUGACUUUGAUGUGAAUCAUUUCAUCGGUAUCAGCGAGUACUGGCAUACGACGCAUGAGAUCUUUGAGAUGGGGCACAAGGACAAAGCGUACGAUUUCAACACUUAUCAACAGCGGGUACAACAGUUCUGUUCACAAGAUUGGGAAGCCAUCGACCAGGGUAUACAAAAACAGUCGUGGGGAAAGAAGGUCGAUCGGGAAUCGGCUUCCGAGGUCUGCUUCAAGGCUUCAUGGAUCAUCAAUAUGCUGCACAACGGCAUCGGUAUCCCUCGCGUGGGUCUCGAGGAUACUACUGGUUCAGGUCACAACGGAACCAAGGAAGUUCUUUCCCAUGGCAAGGAGAAAGGAUUCCUCGAUCCUUUUCAAGCGGUUCACAAGAUUCACUCCACCGAAGUUAGCUGGACACUGGGUAAAAUGGUGCUCUAUGCAUGCUCUGAGGUUCCAGUGGAAGUUCAAGAAGCCCAAGAAACACUCCCGGUUGGCUUUGGCAGCAAUGUUCCAGGUGUGCCCAAUGACUUCCAAUAUCCUAGCGUCGAGUUAUUUCCCAGCAAUGAGUCGCUUCACGUUGCGAAUUGGCACGAUGCGCUCUUUGAUGGUGAUUCCUCGCGCAGGGUUCCGGGAUUCCUACUUUUCCUGGUUAUUAUUGCAAUGGCUGCAUUCUUCCUCUGCGGUCGGAGUCGUCGACUGAGAGGUUACCACAUGUUCAAAAAUCUCUUCAAGCGCGGAGGUGCGCCUCAUCCGAGCUACCCCAGGAAGCGAAGAACCUUCCCUGGCAAACUACCAUUCUUCGGCGGCAGCUCACAUUCAUACGAGCGCGUUCUUGAAGACGGUGCCCAUGAAUUUGACCUGGGUGUGGUAGGCUCCGGUCGUGGCUCUCUGGACAGAAGACACUCCUCGGAUACGGAUUCGAGUAGCUUCAUGCCUCCGAAGCGAACAACAACCUGGAGCGGUCCAACCACACCUAGUUUCAAAUUUGGAUUGGACAAUUCGUCCACAUCGACCAUUGGGUUGGGAAUCACCGCCGACUCUGGCGUCAAUGCCAUGGAUCGUGCCGGGUUGGUCGUGAGGACGGAGAGUAGGGACCACCUGGCUCCAGUAGCACUAGGGCCGACCACAAACGGCCGUCGCUCUAGGACAGGCAGUCCGACGAGAUCUCACAGAUCACCCAAUAUGACUCCCCUAAAUCAAGACUAA